CCCAAGUUUUGUUUUCUCGCGAGACUUUGCUCCGUGUUGCAAGCAAGUAGGGUGAAAUCUCGGAGGUGUCUGAAAGCGAGUAGCGGAGAGAGGAGCGAAAGAGAAGGUCCGAAAACGUGCGCGCAACUGACGGUUAUUCUGCAACAUUUAGCAAGACGACAGGCCCGUAACUUUAUAGUGUUUAAAGUUAUCUAAGGGCGAGAGACAUUUCAUUUAGCUCCUCUUUUCGUAACUUGGGGAAGUUGAACUCAGGCUCGGAGGACCCACCUCAGUGAGCGCAGAAAGUGCAGUCGGUGAUAGGCAGUUGCUUCUGCAGGAAUGUCGCAGAAAGAGAGACCCGUGUUUUAUCGACAGGAGGUCAACAAGACGAUAUGGGAAGUCCCGGAGCGGUACCAAAACCUGUCCCCGGUGGGCUCUGGUGCAUACGGAUCCGUGUGUUCUGCACAUGAUAUGAAGAGUUGUUUGAAGGUCGCUGUGAAGAAGCUCUCUCGGCCGUUUCAGUCCAUCAUCCAUGCCAAGAGAACAUACAGAGAGCUGCGGCUGCUUAAGCACAUGAAACACGAAAAUGUUAUUGGCCUCCUGGAUGUCUUUACCCCGGCUACUUCUCUGAAGGAAUUCACUGAUGUGUAUCUUGUGACUCACCUAAUGGGGGCAGAUCUCAACAACAUAGUGAAAUGUCAGAAGCUCACAGAUGACCAUGUGCAGUUCCUCAUAUACCAGAUCCUCAGAGGGUUAAAGUAUAUCCACUCAGCAGACAUCAUUCAUAGGGAUUUGAAACCUAGUAACCUGGCAGUGAAUGAAGACUGUGAGCUGAAGAUUUUGGACUUUGGUUUGGCGCGGCACACUGAUGAUGAGAUGACCGGGUAUGUGGCCACCCGCUGGUAUCGAGCCCCAGAGAUCAUGUUGAACUGGAUGCAUUACAACAUGACAGUGGAUAUUUGGUCAGUGGGAUGUAUAAUGGCAGAACUCCUCACUGGAAGAACUCUGUUUCCUGGUACUGACCACAUUGAUCAGUUGAAGCUAAUCAUGCUGCUCGUCGGAACACCAGGGCCUGAGCUCUUGAUGAAAAUAUCUUCAGAGUGUGCCAGGAACUACAUCGGCUCCUUGCCACAAAUGCCCAAGAGGAACUUUGCUGAUGUGUUCAUUGGUGCCAACCCACAAGCUGUUGACCUUUUGGAGAAAAUGCUGGUUCUGGACACGGACAAGCGGAUAACGGCAGCCGAGGCUCUGGCCCACCCCUACUUCACUCAGUACCACGACCCAGACGACGAGCCUGAAGCUGAGCCUUAUGACCAGAGCUUUGAGAGCCGCGAACUUGUGAUUGAAGAGUGGAAACGAUUAACCUACGAGGAAGUGUGUAGUUUUGAGCCGCCUAUCUUUGAUGAGGAUGACAUGGAGUAGUGAGACGGGCUACCUACAUCAACCCAAGCAUGCGACAGAUUUUUGACAAGACUCUCAGACUCUUGUAUCAGAGUGCCUACCAACCUUUGUCAGUCUUUAUUAAUUGAGAAAACAUUCUUCAUGAUUACCCUUUGGAAGGAGAUCAUUACCAGCACAGGGAAAAGAAGAGCCCGACCAGUUAUCAUUAUUCUCAUUUAUGAACCACUAAUGUUGAUGGUCUGAUGCUGGGAAAUGUCACUUCUUGCCAAUAGCUGAAAUAAUUUUAUAUUUUUAAAUUCAACUUUGAUGACUCAUCACUGUGACUCUGAGAUGCUGAAAAACCUGGACCUAUAGCUGUGCUACUUUGUGUUUUAAAUUUUCUAUUUAGUAACUUAUGAAUAAGCUUUAGUGUCCAUCAAUCAAAAAAAGGAAUAUGCUAGUCUGCCACUCACCCUGCCACGCUGUCACAUGUAGCCCUGGGUUACAUGUAUUUGUAACAUGAUUUUUGAUUCAGUUAUCGCCUUGAUUGUUUCUGUAUUUAUAGAGAUAACUUUGAAGGGUUUCCUAUCUGUGACAGUAGUAGAUUUUACGGACGUUUUUAGAUAUGUGACAAAUUGAGAAUGUGCCUGUUCUGUGUAGUCACAGACCUUUAGUACUCACGAACUGAAUUUCACACAUUUUAAUGUUUAUUGUGUUAGUUUAGAUGCCCAGUGAGACUCUUACACAUAUUUUGGCUACACAGAAAAAUCUGAGCCUCUACUGUUUAAGGACAGUGCUUCUCAACAAGGCACCUAAAUAAGAAAAAAAAAAAAAUUGCUCAAAAAUGUGUAAAUAUCUGUGCCAUAUUUUUUAAAUCUCUUACUUAUUGUGGUUAUGUAAUGAAGCAAUCACUUUUAGCAUGUACAUUAGUUAAAGACUUUGUGUGUGUCUGCGAGAGUGUGUUGUUGGUUUACAGGAAUUUUAAGUGUCAUGCUGAAACCUUUAAUCGAAAUACUGCUUAAAUGAGUAAAAGAGGGAUUACAGAUGUAUUUAUACUUUUGGAGGUGGUAUUUAUAAACAACAAUCGAAAGAUCCCUUAAACUAUCUUCAGUCCUUUGUUUAACAAAAUAAAGACUUAUUUUUAAGAGA